AUGAAGUUGUCUUUGCCAAGCUUUCUAGUUUUGGGAGUCGCCACUGCCUUCCAGGCUCCUGUUGCAGUUCACAGACCGACUUCUGCUCUGCGGGUGGCCCAAGAAAUUUCCCCCGAGGAAGUGGCAGCAGCACAAGCUCAACUCAACGGCAAUGCUUCUGAUUCUGAAGAAGAAUCAUCCAGCACCGUCGGACUUCGAAAGGAAGCACCCGCUCAUUCCAAGCCAAAGUCGUUUGCUACAAAAUGUGCUUCUCUUUACAGCCCCAAUGUAGGCGCAGAGCGUGGACUUGCACCACCUGUAUACUUUGGUUCCACUUUCUUGUUGGACGAUGCCGCCCAUGGAGCCAGACUUCAUGAAAAGCGCGAGGCUCCUUACACUGAUGAUGAUGGUUUUGUCUACUCCAGAUGGGGAUCUCCCACGAACGAAGCUGCUGCCCUUCAGAUUGCUGCUUUAGAGGGUGUUGAUGACCCAGAGAAGGGUCUUGGAAGGUGCCUUUUGUUCAACUCUGGUAUGUCUGCCAUUACCUCUGCUCUUCAAGCAGUUCUUCGUUCUGGGGACCACGUAGUUGCGCCUUACACUGUUUAUGGAGGAACUUAUGAAUUCCUCACUGAAUUUGCUGAUCAAUGGGGCAUCGAAGUCACCUUUGUUGAUGGAGCUGGACCUCAGGGCCCAGAAAACUACCGAAAGGCCUUGAAGGAAAACACACGAGUGGUUUACACUGAAACUCCAGCAAAUCCCACAAUGAGGUUGACCGAUUUGGAAGGUGUUGGUCGUGUUGUCGACGAGUUCUACGGAAAGGCUGACGACAAGCCUGGUACGAGUCCACAUGACAGAGUACGACCAUACGUCAUGGUCGAUGGAACUUUUGCCACUCCUUACCACCAAAGGGUACUUGAUGUUCCAGGAAUUGAUGUCUCCAUCCAUUCUGCCACCAAGUACCUCGGAGGACACUCUGAUAUCCUUGCCGGAUCCGUCACGUCGCGAUCGGAACCCUUCUUGCACGGAUGCUCCAAGGUCCAAAAGAUCAUCACUGUCCCAUUGAACCCAAUGGACUCCUUCCUCCUCGCCAGAGGCCUCAAGACUCUUGAUGUUCGCAUGCAACGUCACGGAGAAAACGCCAUCAAGGUUGCCCGAAUGCUCGAUGAGCAUCCAAUGGUCGCACAAACCUUCUACCCAGGAUUGGACUCUCAUCCCGACCGUCAGUUGUCGGAUGCCAUCUUCCGAUCAGGACGUGACAGCGACGACGAUGAAUACGUCCAAACGUAUGGAGGUAUGAUCUCGUUCAUCACCGUCGGAGAAGGAGACGAAGCCCUUCGUCGUGCCCGCAACGUUUGCGAGAACCUUCGAGUCAUCAACUUGGCCGUCUCCUUGGGAGGAGUCGAGUCGCUCUGCGAACACCCUGCUUCCAUGACCCACACCAUGAUUUCCCGCGAACAACGAAUGGCCGGUGGUCUUCACGAUGGUUUGAUCCGAGUCAGUAUUGGUCUGGAGAAGGCUGGAGAUUUGGUCGAAGACCUGAAGAAUGCACUUGAUAACUGCGACGAAGAUGGUUGCGUCGUCUAA